AUGCUCAGGUUCACGGUCUUAUUUGGAUUCUUGAGCGCAAGUGCGGCUAUGGUCAAUGCCCAGACCGUUGUGGCUCAUUACAUGGCCCAAAACGCGUUUUCGUACGUUCAGUCCGAUUGGGCUGCUGAUAUCAAGGCUGCGCAAGCGAUAGGGAUCGAUGGAUUUGCUCUUAACGUCGCAGUCGAUGAUUAUGAAGUCGGUAAAAUGCCGGAUGCAUUUCGGGCGGCUGAAGCGGCUAAUUUCAAACUGUUCUUCUCCUUCGAUAUGAACUAUGACUGGAAUAAAGACAAUAUGGUAUCUUUGGUCAAGACAUAUGCUGGAAGCAACGCCAUGUUCAGGUGGAAGGGGAACGUCUUGGUUAGCACGUUCAAUGGAGGGAAUAAGGGUAACGAUUGGUGGCUCAGUUUCAAGUCGGAUCUGAAUGGUCAAGGUGUCCCUGUGUCGUUCGCACCCGCGUUUAUUGACUAUAGAGACCCUGGUAAAGCUUCGCAGCUUACAUCGGUCUUCACGUCUGUUGAUGGAUUCUUCAAUUGGUGGUCAUGGCCUGAAGAUCGUCCCGAGGACCUUACCACUGCUACCGAUCUGGCUUAUAAACAGGCGAUUUCUCCGAGGGGUGGUCCAUACAUUAUGUCUGUGUCGCCUUGGCAAUUCAAAGAAUUGGGCGGCACCCAAGACUGGGUUGAACAAAGUGAUAAACUGUGGAAGUACCGCUGGGAACAAGCCAUCAACGACGUUAAGCCUGACAUCGUGGAGAUUAUUACAUGGAACGAUUAUGGUGAAAGUCAUUACAUCGCAGAUAUCAACCCCAAAGUGAACCUUGGGGAUCUUGCUCCCAACUACGUAUUGGGAUUUGACCACGGAGCCUGGAGGACAGUCGCUCAAUACUACAUAUCCUGGUUCAAAUCCGGACGCCAACCCACAAUCACCGAAGAUAAGGUAGUUUUCUGGUACCGUGCCCACCCCAAAAAUGCGGUGUGCGCAGAGGGCGACAGACCUCGGAAUGCCGAUUAUCCAGCGGACGCGGUUAUGGCAUUUUCGAUGCUCACUUCACCUGCCACAAUUCAGAUUGACAUUGGCGGGAGUCAUACACAGUUCGAUGCCUCUGCAGGUGUUGCUAUCGGGAUGGCAUCUUUCCCUUCUCAGGAUAAUGUCACUCCGUCUUUCAAGAUCGUUCGGAAUGGAGUUACAGUCAAGAGUGGGAGUGGCGCGAAAGCGAUCACGAACAGCUGCCCGUACUACAACUUCAAUCCUACUGUUGGGUCUAUUUAGGCGGUAGAGUUCGACUGAAAGAUCAAAACUGUGAUUAUAGGCUACAUGGUUUAUAAGAUACAACUGAGGUGUGAAUAC